AUUCCAGGUAUAUCUCUAUUGUAUCUCCAACUUUUUGUUUUUUGUAUGUAAUGUUCCCCAAGGGUCUCCAGGUUCCAAGAAAGGAUGGGGAUGACCUUUAAAAAACCCUUCAAAUUUUCCAUAAAGAAUUCCAACAUUUCAAUCUUUGAAUUCAUCAAACUCUCUUGGUCUUUAACCACGAGGCUCAAAACCUUUGAAUUAGACCCAUCUUUUUUAAUCCCAUUUUAUUAUUCAAAACCAUAUCUCAGUUGAUAACUAGGUAUAUACGAGAGGACUGUCCGGGCCUGUCUUUUGGUUGGAUUGGUACGUAUUUGAAGGUUUAGUUGGACUUCCCCAUUAGUUUAUCAUCCCUAUAUAAUAAGAGAGAGGGCAGUCAGACUCAGACAUCUUUUUUGAUCAUCCAUUCCAAGGGGUUAAUUUGUUUUGCUUUUCCAGUUAGAAAUCUUAUUUCUCAGAGAGAAAGAGGAAAAAGGAACAUACCUGAAGGUCAGGAUACAGGUAGAUAUACCAGUCAGUCUUUGCAAAUCAUUUAGUCCUUUACAUGGAGUCUGUCUGUUGGUAUUGAUUCAUAUUCUUCUGGUCAUAAUUAAUGGUUCUCAAAUUACUUGAUUCUUAUCUUGGUUUAGAUCACUUCACAUUCAUGAUUAAUGGAGUUGCAUAGGAGUUGAUGUUUUCUUUUCUCUUUUCCUUCAAUUAUUGGAGUUAAUCAGUUUGCAAGUGUUUUGCCUUUAGCUUUAACUUUGCCUUUUUUGUUUGGGACCUACACUGUUUGUCAUAAACCAAGGUCAUAUGAUCAAUUCCGGGAAAGAUUCUGUUUGUUCAAGUUCUGAAUUCUUGAUUAUGUUGAAUUCAAAUAUGUAAUUAUCAAUGUUAACAAGAUAAAAUCAAUUUCAAAUAAAGAGAAAUUAAGUAUUCUUCUUUUAUGAACUUUUUGAUGCAACAAUAUCUAAUUAAGAUUUAACACGGAGCUGGUAAUUUUCCUAUAAGAAUUUUGUCUUUUUUAGCUUCAUCCCAGCUGUAUUAUCUUGUAAUUUAGCUUCCUCAAUCAUGUUGAGCAGGCAGGGGAUCAUUGUCUUGUGAUAAGCUAAUUGAAGUCUUAUGGGAUUGUCACUUUCCUUGCUUCUAUCAGCCUGGCAACAAAUUCUAAGUCACAGAUUUUUCGAUUUGGCCUACAACAUCAGUCUGAGUUCAAAAGAUGGAGAGGUGACCUUGAGAGUAAACAGCUUCAAGAGAACAGAUUCAGAAACCAUGACCAACUCAGCUGGGUCGGAUAAAAUUCAAAGAAAAAAUUCAAUAUCAUUGAAAAGUAGCGAACUUGAUCAUAAAGUAUUGCUUGAGAAAACUUUUUCGUUCAAGAAUGUAGUUCAAGACAAAAGGAAGUCAGGUUCAAAUGCUUCGAACGGAUUAAUGCAUAAGCCAAUGCCCACACUUUCUUUACCAGAACCAACGAUUUUGUUCUCACCAAGACCCGUUAGUGAGCUUGAUGCGGCAGCUGUUAAGCUUCAAAAAGUCUACAAGAGCUACCGGACUCGAAGAAACCUUGCAGACUGUGCAGUGGUGGUUGAGGAGCUAUGGUGGAAGGUGUUAGACCUCGCAGAGCUCAAGCAAAGUUCUGUGUCAUUCUUCAAUGGUGAAAAACCAGAAUCUGCAGUUUCACGGUGGGCAAGAGCCAAGACAAGAGCAGCAAAGGUGGGGAAGGGUUUGUCCAAGGAUGAAAAGGCUCAAAAACUAGCCCUCCAACACUGGCUUGAAGCUAUCGAUCCAAGACAUCGCUAUGGGCAUAACUUACACCUGUAUUAUGACGUGUGGUUCUCAAGUGAAAGCACACAGCCUUUCUUCUACUGGUUGGAUGUUGGAGAUGGGAAAGAAGUGAAUCUUGACAAAUGUCCAAGGAAAAAACUACAACAACAGUCCAUCACAUAUCUUGGACCAAAAGAAAGGGAAGAAUACGAGGUAAUCGUUGACAAUGGAAAGCUUAUUUUUCGGCGAAGUGGGUCACCGGUGGAUACAAUAGGUGAAUCCAAAUGGAUAUUUGUCCUAAGUACUACUAGAGCCUUAUAUGUGGGGAAAAAGGAAAAGGGUAAGUUUCAACAUUCUAGUUUUCUGUCCGGAGGUGCUACCACAGCUGCUGGAAGAUUGGUUGCUCGUGAUGGAGUUCUUGAGGCUAUAUGGCCAUACAGUGGUCACUAUCACCCAACGGAAGAGAAUUUCAUGGAAUUCAUUAGCUUCCUUGAGGAAAAUCAUGUAGAUCUCACUAAUGUUAAGAGGUGUGCUAUUGAUGAUGACUACUCUUAUGGGCAAGCCCCAGCUAGCGAACCCAAACCAGAAUCAACGGCUGGUUCUGAUGAAACCAGGAAACCUGAUGUAAGUGAUGGAGGUGACAGCACCAGGAGGGCAGCAACAAGCACAGAUGACCAUAACCAAGAUGAAAAGAUUAACACCAAUGGUGCCAAGGCGCCAGCACCAGCACCAGCUUUCAAUCUGGCCAAGAGAUUGUCAUGCAAGUGGACCACGGGGGUUGGACCCCGUAUCGGGUGCGUGCGGGACUACCCUACCGAGCUGCAAUCGAAAGCACUUGAACAAGUUAACCUGUCACCAAGGGUUACUACUGGCGUCGUGAAGUUUGGUCCAAUACCAUCACCACGGCCUAGUCCAAAGAUCCAUCUUUCCCCAGGGAUUUCAUGUAUGGGCCUCCCAAGUCCAAGUCCCAUAGCAGCAGCUCGCCAAGCCAGUUCUCCAAGGGAGAUGGCCUACUAGAUCGCAUGCUUGGGUGACCAUACCCCCUAGGGCACUGCUUGUGCCGAAAGAGACUUGGAGAACCACCUGGAAACAAAACAAUUCAACUGACAAAAAUGUCCAUUCAUUACUUCUUUUAUUCAUCAUUUUGUAUGUAGUUACUACUAUAAUUUAUUGAGCCAGGCAAUUUUUAAUCAUAUAUAUUCCUGGCUAAAAUUUCUUUUCUUUUCUUUUCUUUUUGUAGUAUAAUGAAAAUGUAAUAAAUCAUUUUGAAAAAUAUUCUUUUUUAUGUUGUAAAAUCUAGGUACUUGCAAAGGGAUUAUUACAACUAUAAUGAUUUAGAUGGAAAUGGGCAAUUCAAGUCGGGAUGGUCACGUGGUUCUUGUUAAAGGGCAUGAAGUAAUAUGCACAACCACAACAACUACGUGCAUAAAAUCACCU